AUGAGCGAAGAAGAUCAGCAACUCCAUCAAAGAGAGUUAUCAGCGUACGAAUCAGAAGAAGAUCAGGAGUUGCAGCAGCAGCAUACGCCAUUGGCACCCCCGGGGUGGAAGAAAAGGAAGCGUCUUUCGAAGCAGUUAUCAAUGAGGGAAAGAGCAGGAGACAUUGCUUGGGAGAGAAGGCGCCGCCAGAUUUAUCGGCAAGAUCGAAGGAGGAACAGUAUUCACAAUUGUGAUGACCUCACAGAUGAAGACCUACACGAGCUUAAAGGUUGUAUUGAAUUGGGUUUUGGAUUCAAUGAGGAAGAUGGCCAGAAACUAUGCAACACCUUGCCCGCUCUUGACCUAUAUUUCGCCGUGAACCGCCAGCUAUCACCCAGUCCUGUCUCUACCCCUAAUUAUAAUAAUUGUGCCUCUUCAUACUUUGGAACGUCCCUUAUCAAUGCUGACUCUGAUCCUUCUUGGAAGAUUUGUAGCCCAGGGGAUGACCCUGAACAUAUAAAGACCAAGUUAAGGCACUGGGCUCAGGCUGUCGCUUGUUCUGUAAUGCAGUCUCAUUGA